GCCCCGCCCCCUCGCCUCUGCCUCCUGAGCAGCUUCAAGAGCAGAAGCUGCGGCAGUGCUUUCCGAGCUGCGUCUUCCUAAGGAGCCGCCCCUCGCUUCACACCCUUGUAGGAGAAAAGAUGACCUACUCUGAAAACAAAAGGCUAAUAUUUGGCCUAAUGGCAGGGGCUGCUGGAAUAACUUUGUUGGUAAUCUGGUAUCGUAAAACAAAGGAACACAGGAAAACCGUAUAUUCGCCCACAUUUGCAAAUCCAGAGAAGAGCUUUGAUUUAAUAGAUUUUCCAUACGACGCUCAUCAUGAUCAAGGCACAGUGAUGCUCUUGCAAGGCAGACAGCUUCAGAUCCUGGAGAAAUUGAAUGGCUUAUUGGUGAGUGUGGACAAGCUUAAAAAAGAGGUGCAGUCUUUAAAGGAAGCGCUUCCAAAGUUGGAAGAACUUGUUCGAAAUGAACUCGAAGGCAAAGCUGAUGUUCGCAGGACCAGCCCUUUACAUAGAGCAACAAAGAAGAGGAAGACUGAAACGGCCCAAGGAGGGACGGACACCACCAGUUCUGAAGAGGCAGAAAGUGAAGGCGGUUAUGCGACAGCUCAUACUGACACUGAAGGAGAAUCUGAGGAAGAAAAAGGAUGGAUCGGUUCUUCCGCAUCUUCUCUGACACCAGAAGAGAAAAUAGAGCUCUUCAAUCUUCUACAAGAUGCCGACAGGUUGCAUUCAGGUCCAGAUAAUGAGAAAACAGAAAGCUACAAACUCUUGCUUGAAAAUGAGGAAAAGUACAGAAAGUCUGCUGGCUUUCUUUGGAGACUCGCCCGCGCUUAUGGUGACAUGUUUGGGAUGACUGCUGAUGCUGAACAAAAAAAGAACUACGCUUCUGAAGGUAAGCUUGUAGCUGAGAAUGCUAUCAACCUGGAUUCAUCAGUCGCUGAGAGCCACCAAUGGUUUGCAAUGAUGUGUGGCUACAUGUCUCAGUUUGAAACCAUACAGAAUAAAAUCAAGAAUGGCUAUCUUUUUAAGGAACAUAUAGACAAAGCAAGAGAGCUUAAGCCUCAAGACCCUUUUUUGUAUUAUCUUACUGGAAGAUGGUGCUAUGAAGUGGCUCAGUUGUCUUGGCUUGAGAAAAAAGUAGCUGCUGCUCUUUUUGGGACUCCGCCAACUUCAACAAUACAUGAGGCUUUGCAGAAUUUUCUCAAGGCUGAAGAAAUUCAUCCUGGAUAUUCUAAAUAUAAUUAUGUCUACAUGGCAAAGUGCUACAAAGAACUUGGGCAGAAGAGCAAUGCCCUGAAGUCCUGUGAAACUGCACUGUCCAUUCUGCCUGUCAACAAAGAGGACGAAGAGGCUGAAAAAGAAUUAGAAAUGUUGCUUCCAUCUCUGAAACUGUGAUGAAAACAAGAAGAAACACUCUUGAUUGUGUUGGUUGAAUGGAAGAAUCUGAGAACUCCAGUCCCAGCUGUGAAAACACAUGUGUCAAGAGUUGGGAUUUGCAGUUAUUUGAUGAAUAGGAUUGGGGAAGAUAAUCCUGAAGAAGGAAGUUUAAUUCUGAAGUUAGAAAUGCAAAUAAAAAAAUGAUGGGACAGAGUUGUCUUGGCCCAAGUCAAGUUUCUUCAAGGCCAGAAAGAAAAAGAUGACAGGUGCUUGUGUAUUAUGAAUGCCAUAUUCUGAACAGAACUGUCUUCCACAUCACCACAAGGUAGGUUUCUUAAGGACAGUCAAAUACUCUGGCUAGUAUCCUGUCGGGAGUUUACACUUAUGUAACUGUCCAGUUGUGCAAGUUGCACUUUUUGCUGCCUUGUAUAAAUGGGUCUCUCAGACCUCCUUGUGCAAAUAGCCCCCAGGAAUAAGCAAGCCUCUGUGGUGUGCCUGGAAAGAUCGACAGGUCCAGCUCUUCCUCCUCCUGCCAAUGAAAUGUCUUGGUUUUCUUUGUGACCAAACAGCAUGGCAUUAUGAUGUGCCAGCUCCCAUAACAUUUCAGCCACAGAGUAUCUGUAUGUUUUUGGUUUUUUUCAUGUCAGGAGCAGCUUGAGAAACUGCAAGUCGCUUCUGCUGUGAGAGAAUUGGCCAUCUGCAAGGAUGUUGCCCAGGGGACACCCAGAUGUUUUACCAUCCUGUGGGAGGCUUCUCUCAUGUCCCCACAUCAGAAGCUGGAGCUGACAGAUGGGAGCUCAUCCCGCUCCCCGUAUUCAGACUGCCGACUUUUCGGUCAGUAGUCCUGCCAGCACAAGGGUUUAACCCUUUGCACCACUGGGGGCUCCUAACUGUAUGGUAACAUAUGGAAGGAUAAACAGUAGGGAUAGACUUUUUAAAAUAAAAUGACAUGUACUGAAGACAUUGACUUGACCAAAAUGAAGCUGCUUCUGGAAUGAGUUUUCAACCAUUCCUUUAGAAUACAUGGAGGUUGUGAAUCCUGGCACAGAAAGAUGGGUGCUGUUGAACAUAUGACAAGGAAUAAUGAAUUAUUUCCAUUUUAGAUCCAUAGCAUCUAUUUUUCUAAUUUUAAGUUUUAAAUCUCAGCCAGAAUAUUGUCGAAGGCUUUCAUAGCCAGAAUCACUGGGUUGUUGUGAGUUUUCCAAGCUGAAUGGCCAUGUUCCAGAAGCAUUCUCUCCUGACAUUUUGCCCACAUCAAUGGCAGGCAUCCUCAUAGAUUGUGAAGUCUGUUGGAAACUAGGAAAAUUGGAUGUCCAGGGUGGGAGAAAGAACUCUUGUCUGUUUGAGGUAGGUGUUAAUGUUUCAAUUGGACACCAUGAUUAGCAUUUAAUGGCCUGACAGUUUCAAGGUCAGGCUUCUUACUUCAUAACAGUAAAUAAAGAACAACACUCAAAAAUAGGGGAAUUCCAGACAAGAAGCAAUCAGGGCCAGCUAAUCACCUCCCAACAAAGGUUCCCCUCAGGCAGGAAGCAGCCAAGCCUUGAAGUUGCAAGGCCAUUAAAUGCUAACAAGAUGGCCAAUUGACACCUACCUCAAACAGACAAGGGUUCUUUCUCCCACCCUGGACAUUCCACAGAAAUAUAAACCCCAUUUUACUAGUUUCCAACAGACCUCACAACUUCUGAGGAUUCCUGCCAUAGAUGCAGGCAAAAUGUCAGGAGAGAAUGCUUCUGGAACAUGGCCAGACAGCCUGGAAAACUCACAACAACUCAGCCAGAAUCUUCAAAAAUGGAAUGCACUGCUAACAAUGGAUGACUUGUAAUUGCUGGUGGUAGAUGUUGAUUGUGUGGGGAAUUAUUAACUAGUUAACACUGUAUGCCUUUCAACAAAUACAUGAAUAUUUUUCUGAUGCAAAUGAUAUGGAAGGAAGUGAAUUAUGUGUGUAUGUUUCUUUGCAUUUUGUGUCAGAAAGUACAAAUUUGGUGUUAGAACUGCACUUCAUGACAUCAUUUUAGUCUCUGGAAAUAUAAAUAGCAAUAAAAUAAAGAUUUUAUAAA